AUGGCCCUCUCCAAAUCGAGCCGGAUCAUCAUCCUGCUAGUGAUUGAUUCCGCCUUCUUCAUCCUCGAACUCGUCACCGGAUAUGCCGUGCACUCGCUCGCCCUCGUCGCCGAUUCCUUCCACAUGCUCAACGAUGUCCUGUCCCUCUGCGUUGGGCUAUGGGCCGUCAAGAUGGCAAACAAGAGCUCCGCCCCGAAGAAGUACACGUAUGGCUACCAACGUGCGGAAACCUUGGGAGCGCUCGUCAACGGAGUCUUCCUCGUUGCACUGUGUGUCACCAUCUUCCUCGACGCCAUUCAACGCUUCGUGGAGCCGCAGGUGGUCUCCAACCCGGUCCUGGUGCUGAUUGUCGGGUGUCUCGGUCUCGCGUCCAACCUGGUGGGAUUGGUGCUGUUCCACGAUCACGGCCACAGUCAUGGCGGUCAUAGUCAUGGUGGUCAUAGUCACGGCGAGGAGGGUCACGCAAUCAAGGAUGCCGAGGAGGGACACGCUGGACACAACCACUCACACGCUGGCCACUCGCACAGCCAUAGCCACGCAGACACCAUCGUCCCUGGACGUGCAGAGAGUGAGACGACGGCAGUAGAGUCUCCCCGUGCGCGCAAACAUAGCCGCUCCAUCUCCAAGCCUCAAAUCAACAUCGAAGACUUUCCCGGUCCAUCGGGUUUCCGCAAUUCCAUCAUUGCUCAAGCACGUUUGGACCCCGUGGACUCGGAUGCGGAAAACACCGCCGAUGAGGACGAUGCCGAUGGGGAGCAGAGCGAGGUCGACCCUCUUGUCGUCGCGUCGAACGCUGGCUAUGGUUCCAUCCCGCGCAAAUCCAUCGAUCAUUCCGAGCACAAGCACCGCAAGCCCAGAGAGAGCAGUGGCGGAGGCGGCGGUCACUCUCACGGCGACCUCAACAUGAAGGGUAUCUUCUUGCACGUCAUGGGCGAUGCUCUGGGAAAUGUUGGUGUCAUUGUCACCGCCAUUAUCAUCUGGAAGUGCAAGUUCGAGGGCCGCUACUACUUCGACCCGGCAAUUUCUCUUGUCAUCACCAUCAUCAUCUUGUGCUCUGCUAUUCCUCUCUGCAAGGCUGCCUCCCGCAUCCUCCUCCAAGCUGUUCCUAACGGGAUCGAGGUCGAUGACAUCCGCGACGAUAUCGAGGACCUUCCUGGCAUUGAGAGCGUACACCACCUCCACGUCUGGCAGCUCAGUGACACGAAGCUUGUUGCCAGUCUUCACGUCCGUGUCAACUAUAACUUCAAGGGCAACGGCUCGCAGCGUUACAUGGAGCAGGCCUCCGCGAUCCGCAAGUGUCUUYACGAAUACGGCAUUCACUCUUCCACCAUCCAGCCCGAGUUCGCCUCGGGAUCAGGGCAGCCGAGCAGCCCAGCCAACUCGACGUCUCGACUCGACAGCGAGCCUGGUGACCGAAGCUGUUUGUUGGAGUGCGAUGAUGACUGCGGCGGUGGCAAGAGCUGCUGCCCUCCUGAGCAGAUGCAGCCAAAUGCCAGCGACUCGCACGAUGGACAUGGACAUGGAAACGGAAACGGAAACGGACACGGACACGACCACUCGCACUAA